AUGAAGCACCAACAGUAUAAUAGCAGAUGUCUUGCUCAAUCUUCAGCUUCUGAUCACCGGUCGGCGAUGAAGGAGAUCGCCAGGGGCCAGUCUCUGGUGACGCAGCUGCGAGCAAUCGUGCUACCAGCGCUGCAGGCCGACGAACGCUCUGAGCUUGUCGCCCACAUGUUCCAGAACAUACUGGAUUGCUCCAGCAAGGCCAUGGCCGAGCUGCAGAUGCAUCAGGCUCGAAGUACUCGACGACCUGAUGAUGAUGAUGUGCUGGUGGAUGACAUGAAGAGAAUGAAGAAGAUUUCCUCUGUCGACUGCAAGAACGAGGAGGGUGUUACUACUGCUAAAUCCCGUCAUCAGCACAAGAGAAGGAGAUUUGAUGACUCUGUGUCACUUGAAACACCUGUGCCGCUCUACGAUGGCCGGCAAUGGAAGAAAUAUGGGCAGAAGCACAUCAACAACACCAAACACUCAAGGAGCUACUACAGAUGCACCUACAGACAGGAACAAGGCUGCCAAGCAACGAAGACGGUGCAGCAACAAGAUGACAGCAGUGGUGCUGAUCAUACCCUGAUGUACACGGUCGUCUACUAUGGCCAGCAUACUUGUAAGGAUAAUGAUGGUGCUAAUGCAAGCCCUGAUGACUCUGAAACACACACCACCAGAAGCAACAGCGACAGCCAAUCCAGCAUAUCGAGCACCUGUACAGAUCCUUGUGACAAUCAGAAUCAGACAUCCCUACAUGACAAUAAACCGAUCGACGACAAAUCUGAAAAGUUGGUCACAAAGGACAUGUAUGAACCAUUCGACAUGACUGCGUUUGCACCGUUCGAUUUGGAUGGUUGGGAGUUGGAUGCACUCCUGAGAUUUGGAGCUUGA